UUUGUUAUGAUGUCAUUAUGCAAAGUAGCAUAACCAGGCCAGCUUUUAAAAGUCUCUUCAAGGAAGUUUGCACAAGCACCUGGAUUUACAUUUGGUGCAGUUAACUGAAGACUUGAAUCAGUAUUGGGGUAAAUGGUAAACCUCAAACAUGGAUUUUUUUAAAAGAAUGGUGCCUUCUGUCAUGUCGGGAGAUGUAGUUUUGGAAGUUGAAAGUACUAUCUGUGAAAGCUCUCCGAAGCUGCUGAAAAUGAAGCGCAUCAGCCUGCUUUCAUUAGGACAGACUAUAGAUGAAGAUGACUUUUGUCUUGUGCAUCCUGAUUAUACAUCAGCACCAGCCAGAAGCGUUACUAAACGCAGAAUUUCUCCCAGUAUCAAUUCUACUUGGGAAAAGAGAAGCGUCAUCAUGUCUAAUAUUACCAUUGAUCCAGAUGUCAAACCUGGUGAAUAUGUCAUCAAGAGCCUCUUUGCUGAGUUUGCUAUUCAAGCUGAAAAGAAAAUUGAAGUUGUAAUGGCUGAACCUUUGGAAAAGCUCUUGUCCAGAUCUCUUCAGAGAGGUGAAGAUCUUCAAUUUGACCAGUUGAUAAGCUCUAUGAGCUCAGUAGCAGAGCACUGUCUCCCCUCCUUACUACGCACCUUGUUUGAUUGGUACAAACGCCAAAAUGGAACUGAAGAUGAAUCUUAUGAGUACAGGCCUCGGUCCAGCACAAAAUCUAAGGGGGAUGAGCAGCAGCGCGAGAGGGAUUAUCUACUUGAAAGGAGGGACUUAGCUGUAGAUUUUAUUUUUUGUUUAGUUUUAGUAGAAGUUCUAAAACAGAUACCUGUUCAUCCAGUGCCUGACCCUAUAGUUCAUGAAGUUCUAAAUUUGGCUUUUAAGCACUUUAAACACAAGGAAGGGUAUUCAGGAACCAACACUGGGAAUGUGCAUAUUAUCGCAGAUUUAUAUGCAGAAGUGAUAGGGGUUCUUGCGCAAUCAAAGUUUCAGGCUGUUAGAAAGAAAUUUGUCACAGAAUUAAAAGAACUGCGACAAAAGGAACAAAGCCCUCAUGUGGUACAAAGUAUCAUCAGCUUAAUUAUGGGGAUGAAGUUUUUCAGAGUAAAAAUGUAUCCUGUAGAAGAUUUUGAAGCAUCAUUUCAGUUCAUGCAGGAAUGUGCACAGUACUUCUUGGAAGUAAAAGAUAAGGACAUAAAGCACUCACUUGCUGGUUUGUUUGUAGAAAUUCUCAUCCCCGUUGCUGCUGCUGUUAAAAAUGAAGUGAAUGUGCCAUGUCUGAAAAACUUUGUGGAGAUGCUUUACCAGACUACCUUUGAGCUGAGCUCAAGAAAGAAGCACUCAUUGGCUUUGUAUCCAUUGAUCACCUGCUUGUUGUGUGUCAGCCAGAAGCAGUUUUUUUUAAAUAACUGGCAUAUCUUCCUGCAGAACUGUCUGUCCCAUUUAAAGAUGCCAUCUAACAACAGUAUCAGAAAACAAAUAGAAACGCUUCAGAAUAAAGAUCCCAAAAUGUCUCGAGUUGCACUGGAAUCGCUAUAUAGAUUAUUAUGGGUUUAUGUUAUUAGAAUAAAAUGUGAAAGCAACACUGUAACACAAAGCCGUCUCAUGAGCAUUGUAUCAGCACUUUUUCCAAAAGGUUCUCGCAGUGUGGUCCCUCGAGACACACCUCUGAACAUAUUUGUAAAAAUUAUCCAGUUCAUUGCUCAGGAACGCUUGGAUUUCGCAAUGAAAGAAAUAAUUUUUGAUCUUCUCAGUGUUGGAAAGUCACCUAAAACCUUCACUAUUAAUCCAGAGAGAAUGAAUAUAGGUCUCAGAGUCUUCCUCGUGAUAGCAGACAGUUUACAACAGAAGGAUGGCGAGCCACCUAUGCCAACUACAGGAGUUGUACUUCCCUCAGGAAACACUCUCCGUGUAAAGAAAAUUUUUCUCAAUAAAACUCUGACAGAUGAAGAAGCAAAAGUUAUAGGAAUGUCAAUAUACUAUCCUCAAGUAAGAAAAGCUCUAGACAGCAUCCUUAGGCAUCUCGACAAAGAAGUUGGAAGGCCAAUGUGCAUGACUAGUAUACAGAUGUCUAAUAAGGAACCUGAAGACAUGAUCACGGGUGAGAGAAAACCUAAAAUUGAUUUAUUUAGAACUUGUAUUGCUGCUAUCCCGAGGCUAAUUCCAGAUGGCAUGAGCAGAACUGACCUUAUUGAACUGCUUUCAAGGUUGACAAUUCACAUGGAUGAAGAACUGCGUGCACUGGCUUUCAAUACUUUGCAAGCAUUGAUGCUGGAUUUUCCAGAUUGGCGGGAAGAUGUUCUGUCAGGAUUUGUUUAUUUUAUUGUUCGUGAAGUCACUGAUGUUCACCCAACGCUUCUUGACAAUGCAGUUAAGAUGCUAGUGCAGCUCAUCAAUCAGUGGAAACAAGCAGUCCAAAUGCAAAAUAAGAACCAAGAAGCUCAGCGUGGUGUAGCCAAUGGAUCUGCUCCUACCCUUCCCCUGGAAAAGACCCCUUAUUCAAGUGUAUUCCAUGUGGUAGAAGGCUUUGCAUUGGUCAUUCUUUGUAGCACAAGACCUGCCACUAGAAGACUAGCUGUCAGUUGUCUAAAAGAAAUAAGGGCCUUGUUCACAGUUCUAGACGUUUCUAAGAGUGAUGAUGAAUUGGCCAUAGAUGUAAUGGACAGAAUGAGUUCAUCCAUUCUUGAAAGUUUCAUACAUCUCACAGGUGCUGAUCAGACUAUGUUACUGUACUGUCCCAGUUCAAUAGAUUUGCAAACAUUAGCUGAUUGGAGCUCUUCUCCCAUCAGUCACCAGUUUGAUGUUGUAAGUCCAUCGCAUAUAUGGAUAUUUGCACAUGUAACUCAGGGUCAAGACCCUUGGAUUAUUAGCCUUUCGAGUUUUAUGAAACAAGAAUAUCUUCCAAAGCACUGCCCUACAGCCGUGAGCUAUGCUUGGAUGUUUGCUUAUACCAGACUCCAACAGUUGUCUCCGCAGGUUGACAUAAACAGCCCUAUCAAUGCCAAGAAAGUAAAUACUGCUAUAAGCAGCGACUCCUACAUUGGGCUCUGGAGAAACUACCUGAUUCUUUGCUGCAGUGCAGCAACUUCUGCAUCCUUUUCUGCAUCUGCAGGUUCUGUAAGAUGUUCUCCUCCCGAGACGCUGGCGUCUACUCCAGAUAGUGGCUACAGCAUUGAUUCAAAAAUAAUUGGUGUUCCGUCCCCUUCAUCCUUGUUUAAGCACAUUGUUCCAAUGAUGCGCUCUGAGAGCAUGGAAAUUACAGAAUCCCUUGUGCUGGGCCUUGGCAGGACCAGCCCAGGUGCUUUUAGGGAAUUGAUAGAAGAGUUGCAUCCUAUAAUUAAAGAAGCACUUGAAAGAAGGCCAGAGAAUAUGAAACGACGCAGGCGUCGAGAUAUUUUACGUGUACAGCUUGUACGAAUAUUUGAACUGUUGGCAGAUGCUGGUGUCAUUAGUCACAGUGCAAGUGGUGGCCUUGAUAAUGAAACACAUUCCCUCAACAACACUUUAUUGGAGUAUGUGGAUCUAACCAGGCAACUCCUGGAAGCAGAAAAUGAAAAAGACUCUGACACGCUGAAAGAUAUCCGAUGCCAUUUUAGUGCCUUAGUGGCAAAUAUCAUUCAGAAUGUUCCAGUGCACCAGAGAAGAAGCGUCUUUCCACAGCAGAGCCUCCGUCACAGCCUAUUUAUGUUGUUCAGUCACUGGGCGGGACCUUUCAGCAUCAUGUUUACCCCACUGGACAGAUACAGUGAUAGAAACAUGCAAAUAAACAGACACCAAUACUGUGCAUUAAAGGCUAUGUCUGCUGUACUUUGUUGUGGCCCUGUUGCAGAUAAUGUAGGACUCUCAUCAGAUGGCUAUUUGUAUAAAUGGCUGGAUAAUAUUUUGGAUUCACAAGAUAAGAAGGUUCAUCAGCUUGGCUGCGAGGCAGUUAUGCUGCUGUUGGAGCUCAACCCUGACCAGAGUAACCUCAUGUAUUGGGCUGUAGAUCGCUGUUAUACAGGCUCUAAGCGGGUAGCAGCUGGAUGUUUUAAAGCCAUAGCCAGUGUAUUCCAAAACAGGGAUUACCAGUGUGAUACAGUUACUCUUCUCAAUCUUAUAUUAUUUAAAGCAGCUGACUCUUCUAGGGCUAUCUAUGAAGUUGCUAUGCAGCUUUUACAGAUUCUAGAGCCGAAGAUGUUUCGCUAUGCUCAUAAAUUGGAGGUUCAGAGAACUGAUGGGGUAUUGAGCCAGCCUUCACCUUUGCCACAUCUGUAUUCUGUAUCCUAUUAUCAACUUUCUGAAGAAUUAGCAAGGACAUACCCAGAACUAACGCUUGCAAUAUUUUCAGAGGUAAGCCAGAGAAUUCAAACAGCGCACCCCUCUGGAAGACAGGUGAUGCUACACUAUUUGCUGCCAUGGAUGAACAAUAUUGAAUUAGUGGAUUUGAAACCUUUACCCACAAUUCGGCGGCAAGAUGAAGAUGACGAGGAUCCCUUGAAAGAUAGAGAGUUGAUGGUGAACAGCAGGCGCUGGCUAAGAGGCGAAGGCUGGGGAUCACCACAGGCCACUGCUUUGGUUUUAAACAACCUAAUGUAUAUGACAGCAAAGUAUGGUGAUGAAGUAGCAUGGUCAGAAAUCGAGAAUGUUUGGAUUACUCUAGCGGACAGUUGGCCAAAGAAUCUGAAAAUAAUUCUGCAUUUUUUGAUCAGCAUUUGUGGAGUGAAUAGUGAGCCCAGCCUUUUGCCUUAUGUGAAGAAGGUAAUUGUAUACUUGGGUAGAGAUAAAACCAUGCAGCUUUUGGAAGAGCUGGUGAGUGAGCUGCAACUUACCGAUCCAGUCAGUUCUGGAGUCACUCAUAUGGAUAACCCACCUUAUUACCGUAUCACUUCCAGUUACAAAAUCCCUUCCGUCACCUCAGGUACUACUUCCAGUAGCAAUACAAUGGUGGCACCCACAGAUGGUAAUCCUGACAAUAAGCAUAUGAAAGAUAGCAUUGAUGAAAACUAUAUACAUCUAGAUAUCUACAGUGGAUUGAACAGUAAUCUGAACCGCCAACACCACAGGCUAGAGUCUCGCUAUAGCAGCAGUUCUGGAGGAUCAUACGAAGAAGAGAAAAGUGAUUCAAUGCCGCUGUAUUCAAACUGGCGAUUGAAAGUGAUGGAGCACAAUGAAGGAGAGCCUCUACCUUUUCCACCUUCAGGGGGCUGUUGGUCGCCAUUGGUGGAUUAUUUGCCUGAAACGUCCUCUCCAGGCAUGGCUCUUCAUAGGUGUAACAUAGCAGUGAUUCUGUUGACUGACUUGAUAAUUGACCACAGUGUGAAAGUUGACUGGGGAAGCUACCUGCACCUCUUGCUUCAUGCGGUUUUUAUAGGACUUGACCACCACCAUCCAGAAGUAUAUGAACACUGCAAAUGCCUCCUUUUGCAUUUAUUGAUCGUGAUGGGCUCUAACAGUAAUGUCCAGUCUGUAGCUUCAGUCCUUCUCAGGAACAGGGAGUUUAAUGAACCCCGGGUGCUCACUGUCAAACAAACAGCACAUUUGGAUUACAUCUUUACAGGUGUUAAUGAUUUUAUACCGGAUCACCAGCCCUCCCCAAUGACAGACUCAGGGCUCAGUUCAAGUUCUACCUCUUCGAGCAUCAGCUUAGGAAAUACUAGUGCUGCCAUUUCUCAUAUACAUAGCACCAUCCUCAAUGAAGUUGACAUUUCAGGAGAACAAGAUGAAAAAAUGAAAUCACUUAUGGAGUUUAUUACUUCAAGGAAACGAGGACCACUUUGGAACCAUGAAGAUGUUUCAGCAAAGAAUCCAAGCAUAAAGAGUGCUGAGCAAUUAACUGUAUUUCUAAAGCACGUUGUUUCCGUAUUUAAACAGUCAAGUUCAGUUGGGUUUCAGCUGGAGCACCAUCUUAGUGAAGUUGCUCUGCAAACUGCACUUUCCUGCUCUUCUCGACAUUAUGCUGGGAGAUCUUUUCAAAUUUUCAGAGCAUUGAAGCAACCUCUUUCUGCUGCCACACUUUCUGAUAUUCUGUCAAGGCUUGUAGAAACCGUUGGAGAUGCAGGAGAAGAAGCUCAGGGUUUUGUCAUAGAACUACUUCUUACUUUGGAGUCAGCUGUUGAUACACUGGCAGACACCAUGAAGCAUUAUGAUCUUCUCACUGCACUUUCCCAUCCUUCAUACUAUGAUCCAGUCAUGGGAAACAAAUAUGCAGCUAACAGGAAAAGCACUGGUCAAAUAAACCUAAGCACAAGUCCCAUUAGCAGUGGCAACCUUUUAGGCUACUAUAGUAAUUUAAGAAGCAACUCUCUGAGACUGAGUUUAAUAGGUGAUCGGAAGAACGAUCGGCGGAGAAGCAACACACUGGAUAUAAUGGAUGGAAGAAUAAAUCAUGCCAACAGCUUAGCAAGGACUAGAAGCCUGUCCUCCCUGAAAGAGGGAGGAAUGCACGAUGUGCAGCCCACUACUGAUCCUGUGAACCUGAUGGCUACCAUAUUCUGGAUUGCAGCAUCUUUGCUAGAAUCCGAUUAUGAAUAUGAAUACCUCUUGGCCCUCAGGCUGCUCAACAGACUUCUGGUUCAUUUGCCUCUGGAUAAAUCUGAAAGUCGGGAGAAGAUUGAAAAGAUGCAGAGUAAAUUAAAAUGGAGUAAUUUUCCUGGCCUUCAGCAACUAUUUCUGAAGGGUUUUACCUCCAUUUCUACACAGGAAAUGACAGUUCAUUUACUUAGUAAACUCAUCACUGUCUCCAAGCACACAUUGGUGGAUCCUUCCCAAUUAUCAGGAUUUCCUCUUAACAUCUUGUGUUUAUUGCCUCAUCUAAUCCAACAUUUUGAUAAUCCAACUCAGUUCUGUAAAGAAACAGCUGACAGAAUAGCAAAGGUUUGUGCAGAGGAGAAGUCCUCAACUCUUGCAAAUUUGGCUCAUAUGAUGAGUUUAUACAGCACACACAGUUAUUCCAGAGACUGCUCUAACUGGAUAAAUGUAGUGUGUAGAUAUUUGCACGAUUCCUUCUCAGAAACAACUUUUAAUCUUGUAACAUACCUUGCAGAGCUGUUAGAGAAAGGGAUAUCCAGCAUGCAGCAAUCUUUACUGCAAAUCAUUUACAGCCUUUUGAGUCACAUUGACCUAUCUGCAGCACCAGUGAAACAGUUUAAUCUGGAAAUCAUAAAGGUCAUUGGUAAAUAUGUUCAGAGUCCAUACUGGAAGGAAGCACUUAAUAUUCUGAAACUGGUGGUGUCUCGAUCAGCAAGUCUUGUUGUACCUAAUGACAUUCCAAAGUCUUACGGUGGUGAUAUAAGCUCUCCUGAAAUUUCAUUCACAAAAAUUUUUAAUAAUGUCUCCAAAGAACUACCUGGAAAGACCUUAGAUUUUCAUUUUGACAUAUCAGAGACACCAAUUAUUGGAAACAAAUAUGGUGAUCAGCACAGUGCAUCUGGGAGAAAUGGAAAGCCCAAAGUCAUUGCUGUUACAAGGAGUACUUCUUCAACUUCCUCAGGAUCAAAUUCUAAUGCCUUGGUACCUGUCAGCUGGAAGAGGCCACAAUUAUCCCAGCGAAGAACCAGGGAGAAGCUAAUGAAUGUACUUUCUCUGUGUGGUCCAGAAUCAGGUCUCCCCAAGAAUCCAUCUGUUGUGUUUUCUUCUAAUGAAGACUUGGAAGUUGGGGACCAACAAACUAGCCUUAUUUCAGCAACAGAGGAAGUAAUUCAGGAGGAGGAGGUGACUGUAGAAGACAACACCAGUGAACAACAGUUUGGAGUUUUUAAAGACUUUGACUUUUUAGAUGUUGAGUUGGAAGAUGCAGAGGGUGAAAGCAUGGACAACUUCAACUGGGGCGUCCGCCGGCGCUCCCUGGACAGUAUUGACAAGGGAGACACCCCUUCACUCCAAGAAUAUCAGUAUUCUGGUAGCACUCCCAGCUUGAACAUGACCAAUCAGGAAGAUACUGAUGAAUCCUCAGAAGAAGAAGCCUUGACUGCAAGUCAGAUAUUAUCACGAUCACAGAUGCUAAACAGUGACUCGGCUGCUGAUGACACAGUAUUAGAUCAUGCAGGGUCAUUGCUGCAGUCUCAAGACUCCACUAGCAGUGUUGGAACGGAAGAGGUGCUUCAAAUCAGAGCUGAGACUCCAAGUUUGGAGGUUUCCCCUCUAGAUAAUGCUAGCAACCAGCUGCCUGAGGAUGGCAGUUCACCUAUAAAGGAUGAACAAAUUAGUACAGCUAGUGAAGAUACUGGAUCAUUUGUGUUGCAAGAGCAGCAAGAAUCUUUGAUAUGCCAAGAUCCCUUAGAAUUGGAAGAGGCUGCUGAAAUUCCAGAGCAUCCUGCUACUGAGAGCUACACUGAAUCAAUUUGUGAAGAUGAUGUUACCCUUGCUUUGAAGGAGCUAGAUGAAAGGUGUGAAGAGGAAGAAGCUGACUUCUCCGGUUUAUCUAGUCAAGAUGAAGAACAGGAUGGCUUUCCAGAAGUACAGACAUCUCCACCACCUUCUCCAUUUCUUUCUGCCAUAUUGGCAGCUUUCCAACCUCAGGCAUAUGAUGAUGAAGAAGAGGCUUGGCGCUGCCAUGUUAAUCAGAUGCUGACAGACACAGAUGGAUCUUCUGCUGUCUAUACAUUUCAUGUGUUCUCUAGGUUAUUCCAGACUAUUCAAAGGAGGUUUGGGGCUAUAACACAUGAAUCAGUCAGUUUUCUUGGUGAGAAUCUACAACGAAUUGGAACAAAAUUCAAAAGUUCAUUGGACGUUAUGAUGAUGUGCUCAGAAUGCCCAACAGUUUUUGUGGAUGCAGAAACGUUGAUGUCCUAUGGUUUACUAGAAACUUUGAAGUUCAGUGUUCUAGAGCUUCAAGAACAUCUGGAUACUUACAAUGCUAAAAGAGAGGCUGCAGAACAGUGGCUAAAAGACUGCAAAAGGACUUUUGGUACCGAUGAUGGUAUUCAUGGAACAGCCACAGAUGCUCAGCAUUUGGAAAUUCUAGCAGAAUUAGAGUUGUGUCGGAGGCUAUAUAAGUUGCAUUUCCAGUUACUACUUCUCUUCCAAGCCUAUUGCAAACUUAUCAGCCAAGUAGAUAUAGUUAAAAAAGAGGCAGAGGUAAUAAACAUGUCAGAGGAACUUGCACAGCUAGAAGCCUUUCUGAAGGAAGCAGAGUCAGCUUCUGACAGUGGUAUUGAAGAAAUGGAAAUCCCAGAAGCUUCUCAGGCCAGCACUGAGACUGCCAUUCACACUCUUAUUGAAACCUUGAGGAAUAAAGAAUUUAUGUCUGCUAUAGCACAGGUCAAAGCUUUCAGGUGUAUUUGGCCCAAUGAUAUAUUUGGCAAUUCUGAAGAUGAUCCAGUACAAACACUCCUGCACAUAUAUUUCCGUCAUCAGACCCUGGGUCAGACUGGCAGUUUUGCAGUAGUUGGGUCAAAACAAGAUAUGUCAGAAGCCAGCUCAAAACUAAUGGAACUAAAUUUAGAAAUCCGAGAGUCGCUGCGCAUGGUGCAGUCUUAUAAUCUUCUUGCAAAGCAUACAGCUGUGAGAAGUUUGAGCACUGGACUUUGAAUCACUGUACAGCAGAGAAGAACUGAAGUGGUCUCAAUAUUAUCAAGCACCUUUCAUAUCUGUUGAAACUUGCUCUCUCUGGCAGAAACCAUACCUAUGAUGAUCAGCAAAGAAUUUUUCUGGGAACAAGCUAUGUAAUUCAGGAGCAACAGUCUUGAAAAUUCAUGGAGUUGUCAUCGUAAUGUUUUCUUACACAGUAGCUAUAUGGGCAGUAUGAACACCUUUUUAAUAACCAUUUACAAAAUUGGAUUAGAGGAAAAGGGCUAAAAGCAAUGCCUACAAAUGCAUUAUUUUCUUCAAAAGCAGAAAUGUAAGAAUUGUUGCAAUAAUGGCCUCUUCAUGCAGAGACAAUUUAUAGCAGGUAUAAUGAGGCUAAAAUCAAGGUUGGUUGUUUUGGCUGAAGACCUGUGAGGCUUUUUGGCUUUCAAGCAGUAAAUAAUCAUCAGAUAAUGCCCAAUUUAUACAGUUGGCAAUGUCAUGAGGAACUUGCUGUCAUCCUGGCGUAGGAAGGACUGCAAAACCCAUUGAUUUAUCAAUGUUGUAUUUACUAUUUACUUUACUUUUGUCUUUAAUGGUGAAUUAUGUGUGAAAGUAGGAAUGAAUGAAUGGUUAUCUGACAAUUGCAUUUUGAAGGUAUGGAUGUUUGAUAAGGUCUGAGCAUGCCUAAAAAAGCACUGCAAGAUUAUUUUUGGGGAUAUAUUUUUAGCUCUAACUUCUAGUCUGUAAAUGUUAUGGCAUUUAAUAAUAUUUUAAACUGGAAUUGUCCAGUUUUCAAAAAGAAAUAAUAUAUCUCUAACUUGUUUGGAAUGCUGCUCAGUUCUCUGAUCAGUGCUUAUUACAAAUAUUGAUAACGACUAACCAAAAAGUAGCUGCCUGCAGAGACUUUAAGAUGUAUAUUGAAGAUAUAUAUUGCCCCUCAGCAACUCAUUAGAAAAGUUAACUUAUUUUAUUCUGUAUAUAUUCUAGAAAUUGUAUAGUGUAAAGUCCAGUAUUUUUCUUGUACAAUUGUGCAAUGCACUGUUACAUGAGAAUAGUGUAUAAAGCUAAUAGGGUGGUGGCAGUUAUACUGGCUGUUAAUAGAAUACAUCUGUGUAUUCUACAGAGUUCAAGAGAAGAUGUAAAUUCACAUGUAUCUUUAUAACUCAUGUUUAAAGCAAAGUAAUUUGGGACUGUAGAAGGGGGUGACCAAACUCUACAAUAUACUUUAGAACUCCAUGUCAAAGUCUGUAGCACAAAAUUAACUGGAUUCUAUUGAAACCAAAACAUUUUUAUAGAAGCAAAAUGUAUGAAUGUAAUUCCAUGAUUCCUGUUAUUAAGAAUCAAAUGGCCUGUAAUUAUUAUUUUUUGCAUCUCUCCUACCCACUGUGAUUUAAAACAAAACAAAAAACCUGGGCUCUGAAAUGCCAGAGUGUAGAAUGUAGACAUGAAUCUCUUAGCAUGGCCUUUCUUUCCUUGGGGAGAUGGACCCCACAAGAUGUGUAAUUAUGCUGAAAUGCAUUAACUGAAGGCACUGUGCAUACCAUUGGACUGCUGAGUUCUGUUACUUUUCAAAACUUUGUUAACUAGACAUGGCACAUUCAUAAUCACUGUAUUUUUUGACCCUGAUAAAAUUUAAUUAUUUUGAAGGCUUUCUGGUACUGUAGAUGGUGUUCUUAAUUAUUUAAUAAGAUUUUACAAGGGUAUGUGUAGUUUUUAGUAGUGUACUAUACUUUCUACAUCUUUUAUCAGCCUCAUUUUUUGUGUAUUUUUGUUUUGGGGCGGGAUUGGUAAAAUAAAAACUCCUAUCUGCUA